GUGUGUGUGUGUACACGGGAUGGAGGUGGGAUGGGGGAGUACAUCAUGCCAGAGACAGAUCAGGUUUAUUUUGAUCAGUUCAUGUUUUCAAGCUGACUGCAAAGACACACUUCUGUACGUGAAACAGAAGCUCAGCCUCUCCAUCCACCUGCUCCUCCAUCGUGAACGGCCAUCAUGUACAGCGUCGUGGUUGAACACAUCUACCUCCUGGUCAUCGUCACCCUCAUCAGCGUGCUUCAGAAUGCAUUCUUUGCCCUGAAGGUAGAGAAGGAGGGCAACUGUCAAAAUAUCCCCACAUCUGGUUUUGAACGGGUGUGUUGUGCCAACCGUAAUUGCAUGGAUUCAUAUCCCACUUUCCUGGCAGUGAUGUGGUGUGCCGGUCUGUGUCUCAAUCAAGCUCCUGCUGCCUUUGCUGGGAUCAUCUACCUUGUUGCCAGGCAGAAGUACUUUAUUGGAUACAUGGGACAAACCUCUCAGAGCACCCCAGGAUACCAGUUUGGAAAACGCAUCCUUUUCUUCCUGUUCUUGAUGUGCAUUGUGGGUAUCUUCAACUACCUGCUGGUGUACUACUACGGCAGCGACUAUAAGGAAUACGUGGAAACCAUCACCAGCGCUUCAUCUGCUCUUCUCCUCAUCCCUUAGUGCGUUGUGAGCCACAUCAUGGCAACUACACAUUUUUUCUUUCAUCUGAUGAGUACUGAAUUAAGACACUGGUUUUCUUUUGUUUUUUGUAAAAGAGCAUUUAUUGUGUUUGAUAAAAAUAAAAACUUAUAAAACAAA